UCUCAGUUCUCUGUAAUGGAGGUGAAAGUGAAAGUAGCCAUUACACUUCCUGCUGUAACAGACUAAAACAGGAGGAAUAUAUUUGUGUGUAGACAGGGGGGAGGUUUUACACACGGUGUUUAAAUUGUAAUGAGGUCAAAAUACUGAAUAUGAGCUGCUCUGAAAUGUGGACACACUUCAGCUAAAGCAGCAGAUUUGUUUAUAUCUGAGGAACCGAAAAGGAUUUUAUUAGUUUGAACCUACAGAAAGAGAUAAAGAUGGCGGCUGCACGCAAUGAGUUUAAACUCAUCGGUCCCAGUGGUACACGUCUGUCUCCUGAAAUCAGUGCUGUUAACAUGGAGAUCCGGUGGUUUAAGGAGACAUGCUGUGUUUGUGUCUAUAAGAACAGACAUGUGACAGAGGGGAGAGGUUACGAGGGCAGAGUGAGUCUGUUCACUCAGGAGAUGGAGAGAGGAAACGUCUCCUUACAGCUGAGAGACUGUAGAGGGUCAGAUUUCGGACAUUACCUGUGUCAGGUCACUGAUGGAGACAGAACAGAGGAGAUUACAGUAGAGAUGAUGUCUUCAGCAUGGGGGGCAGUAUCAGGUGAGUAUAAACACUUUUCUGUGAUGGUGAUAUCUUGAUGCUGCAUGAUGACAGAUGAUGUGGCCACACAGUAAGACGGUAACUAAACACACAUACAUCCUUCUCUUUUGUUUGCACGUUAUUCCGGUUGUCUUUUAGUGUUUCAUGAUUAAACGUGUUGCAGAUCACGCCAUAUAU